AAUUAAUGGAUCAAUUGGAUUAGAAAUAGUUAGAAUAACUAAAGCAAUAGUAGGCAUAGAAGGAGCAAAUGGAAGAAAUCAAGAAGUCCAUUCUGACAUAGAUAUUGACACCCGAAGCUAAGCAGAGAUGUAUUUAUAUUGGAUGUUUCAAUUAUAGUGGCAAAUAUCAAAUUGGUGAAACCAGAGAAGGCAGAGUUGAUUGAGGUGCAGCUUUGUUAAUGGGCAAAGCAAGGGAAGAUUACAAACUAACUAUCUGAGGAGGAAUUGAUCAAAUUACUUGAAGCAGCAGAAGGAUAGAAAAAGCAGGACACUAAAGUGACUGUAAUUUUGCAAUAUAAUUGGUAUAGUUUAAGAGAAGGAAAUUGUCGAGUGAUGACGAAGAUGACAUUUGAUCUGUGUUACAAUUAUA